GGGCUUGAAUUCCGAUUCUAGUUGGUGACGUGCCGCUGUGCCGCUGUUGGGCAUCGAGCGGUAUCGUAAUCCGCUGGUUGGGGAGUUCCUGCGUUAAUCCUCUAUCUAUCGCAUCGCAUCUCGCAUACGUCUGUGUGCGUGCAUCGACACAUCCCUGAGCAUGGCCGACUCGUCCGCACCCACCGCACCGCCCGCCGGCGACACUCCCGCCGCGCCAGCGCCCGAGGAGCCGACGAAGAAGCGGUCGGCCAACCGGCUGAUUGUCGAGGAGGCGGUCAACGAUGACAACUCCGUGGUGGCACUCAACCCCACGCGCAUGGAAGGUCAGUCAGUGGCACGACAGACAGACGACUGGCUGGCUGGGAUGAAGGCAGACAGACGAACAGACAGACAGACUGACAGACAGGGAGAGGACGGCUGGCGUGUCUCUCGACUGAUCUGGGUGCAUGUCUGGGUUGUGAGGGUGCGUGGCGUUCGUCUGAGUGUGUGUCGAUGAUGUGUGUGUGUCGAUGAUGAUGAUGAUGAUGUGUGUGUGUGGUUGUGUGGUCAUUUAGAGUUGAAUCUGUUCCGCGGCGACACGGUGCUGAUCAAGGGCAAGAAGCGCCAUGACACGGUGUGCAUAGUGCUGGCCGACACGGACCUGGAGGAGGGCAAGAUCCGCAUGAACAAGGUCGUUCGCAAGAACCUCAGGGUGCGCCUCGGAGAUAUCGUCUCCAUCAACGCCUGUGGCGACGUCGCAUACGGCAAGGUAGGUAAGGUGCCGAAGGUGCCCCCGCCAGCCCGUCCACACCGACAGACGACACGACACGACACACAUGGCACUUUCUCCUCGUCUGUGUGGUGUGUUGUGUUGGCUACAUCAAUCAGCGCGUGCACGUGUUGCCUCUGGACGACACGAUCGAGGGCAUCACUGGUAACCUGUUUGAGACGUACCUGAAGCCGUACUUCACCGAGGCCUACCGACCCGUCCGCAAGGGAGACCUCUUCCUCGUACGCGGAGGAUUCAGACCCGUAGAGUUCAAGGUCAGUCUGUCAGUCUGUCACCACCACAAACAGAUUCACGACAUGUGGUGCGCACUCUUGUGUGUGUGUAUGUGUUGGUGUGAUGUGUAGGUAGUGGGUGUGGACCCUGGCGACUUCUGCAUCGUGGCGCCGGACACCGUCAUUCACUGCGAGGUGAGCCAAGGGGUGGGGACGGACUCCACACCACACCACACCACACACGUGUGCAAAUCUUUUUGUGUGUUAGGGCGAGCCGAUCAAGCGUGAGGAGGAGGAGCGUCUCGACGACGUGGGUUACGACGAUAUUGGCGGCUGCCGCAAACAAAUGGCCCAAAUCAGAGAAAUGAUCGAGCUGCCGCUGGUACGUACGUCGCACACACACAUGAAGGGUUGCUCGUAAGACGGACUCACCAUACCCUCUCUCUCUCUCUGUGUGUGUGUGCCUGUGUGUGCAGCGUCACCCCACGUUGUUCAAGACACUCGGUGUGAAGCCGCCCCGCGGUGUGCUGCUGUACGGUCCCCCAGGUAACACACACACACACACACACACCGACGCAACCACCCCACCUCUCCCCUACCGUCCGUCGUGUGUGUGUGUGUGUGUUAGGUUCUGGCAAGACGUUGAUAGCUCGAGCGGUAGCCAACGAGACGGGUGCCUUUUUCUUCCUCAUCAACGGCCCCGAGGUCAUGAGCAAGAUGGCGGGCGAGGCCGAGGCCAACCUGCGGCGGGCCUUCGAGGAGGCCGAGAAGAACAGCCCAGCAAUCAUCUUCAUCGACGAGAUCGACUCCAUCGCACCCAAACGAGACAAAACCAACGGAGAGGUGAGUUGACGAAGGUGUGCAAGGUGUGUGGGGGCAUCUCGUAUCAUCUAUCUCUCUUUGUGGGGUGUGGGGUGUGUAGGUUGAGCGUCGUGUGGUGUCGCAGUUGCUGACCCUCAUGGAUGGACUCAAGGGCCGCGGCCAGGUGGUCGUCAUCGGUAUGAUCCCCUCCCCCCUCAGCAGGGCACCAACACACAGCCAUUGUGUAUCCACAGCUCCAUCCCUCUCUCCGUUGUGUGUCUGUCACUCACUCGUCAGCUGCGACCAACCGGCCGAACGUGAUAGACACCGCUCUGCGUCGGUUCGGUCGGUUCGACCGUGAGAUCGACAUCGGUGUGCCGGACGACAACGGCCGGCUGGAGAUCCUCCGCAUCCACACGCGCAACAUGAAGCUCCACGAGAAUGUCAAGCUCGAGGACAUCGCUGCCAACACACACGGCUUUGUCGUAAGUGUGAUGUGACCUGACCACCCAGAGAGAGAGACAGAGAGAGUUGCAUGCUUGCAGACAUGCCUUCCUUGUCUGUCUGUCUGUCUGUCUGUCUGUUGUCUGUCGCACGUGUGCUGUGCAGGGUGCGGACCUGGCCCAGCUGUGCACUGAGGCGGCAUUGCAGUGCAUCCGCGAAAAGAUGGACCUGAUCGAUCUCGAGGAGGAGACGAUCGACGCCGAGGUGCUGGACAGCAUGGCCGUGACGCAGGAGCACUUCAACAGCGCCAUGGGCACCUGCAACCCCUCUUCGCUGCGGGAGACGGUGGUGGAGGUGCCCAACGUUAAGUGGGACGACAUCGGCGGGCUCGAGGACGUCAAGAGGAACCUCCAGGAAAUGAUCCUAUACCCCAUCGACCACCCGGUGAGUGAGUUGCUGAAUCGAAUCCUCUGUGUGGGUGGGAAGGUGGGCAUCUCUCUCUGUGGGUGUCCAUGUGUGUGUGUGCAGGAUAAGUUUGAGAAGUUCGGCAUGUCUCCUUCCCGCGGUGUGCUGUUCUACGGACCCCCCGGAUGCGGUCAGUGAGGCGCGGCGCACGCACACUCUCACACACGCAGACCAGACCGAUCCAAGUAGACAGACAGACAGACAGAAAGGUGUGUGCGCAUGUCUCUCUUCAGGCAAGACGUUGCUGGCCAAGGCGGUGGCGUCCGAGUGUUCGGCCAACUUCGUCAGCAUCAAGGGACCCGAACUCCUCACCAUGUGGUAAAGUACACAACCACACAUAUACACACGCGCACCCCCCCUCCCACACACCCCCGCCCCACACCCACCCACCCCUACACACCCGUCUGUGUGCAUCUCAUCUGUGUGCAGGUUCGGUGAGUCUGAGGCCAACGUGCGUGAGGUGUUCGACAAGGCCCGUGCCGCCGCCCCCUGUGUGCUCUUCUUCGACGAGCUCGACUCCAUCGGCACGUCGCGCGGCUCGUCCAUCGGCGACGCCGGCGGGGCGGGCGACAGGGUCAUGAACCAGCUGCUCACAGAGAUCGAUGGCGUGGGCGUCAAGAAGAACCUCUUCUUCAUCGGUACGCAUGGCAUUGCACCCAUGGAGGGAGGGAGGGAGGGAGAGGGAUUCGUGUGGAUAAGAUGCGGUUGUGUGGUUGUGCAGGUGCCACGAAUCGUCCGGAGCUGCUUGACGAGGCGCUGCUGCGCCCGGGGCGGCUGGACCAGCUCAUAUACAUCCCACUCCCCGACCUGCCCGCACGACUCGGCAUCCUCGAAGCCACACUCAGGUCGGUCGACCACACCACACGACAGACAUGCUUGCCUGGCUGUCCGUAUGUAUGUGUGUUGGUGUGUUGGUGUGUGGAUGUCAUUAAUUCCUUCGUCCUUUUUGUCCAGAAAGUCCCCCGUCGCCCGUGACGUCCCUCUGAAUUUCGUGGCCCAGAAGACGGAGGGCUUCAGCGGUGCCGAUCUCGCAGAGCUGUGCCAGCGGGCUGCAAAGGCCGCCAUCCGUGACGUACGGACGGACACGCACAGUCAAACACCUCUCCUCUACAGCCCACCCCUCCCUCACACAACACACGUGUGUGUGUGUUUGGUUUGGUGUGGUGUGUGCGCCUCAAUUAAUUCAGUCGAUUGCCGCCGACGAGUUGAAGAAGGGCGACGGGGAGGACGCGAUGGAGACGGACGACACGCUCGACGAGGCCGCGUCCACCAUCUCACGCAAGCAUUUCGAGGAGGCAUUCGGGGGCGCGCGGCGAUCCGUCUCGCAGACCGACCUCGCCAAGUGAGUCUGACUGAGGCGGACGAAUGGAUGGAGGAGCUGUCUGUCCAUCAUCCACUCAUGUGUGUGUGUGUUGGGUGCCUUGUGUUGUGCUGUGUUGUGUUGUGUGUGGUAGGUAUGACAACUUCCGGAUGAAGUUUGACCCAGUUUACAAGCAGUCCACCGCUGCGGGCGGGUGAGUGAGCUGAGCAGUGAGUGGGAAAUAAUAGAUGGGAUGUGGUGGCUGGUGGCUGCACUCAUUGUGUGUGGGGUGUGUGUGUGUGUCUGUGUGUCAUCAGCGACGGCGGUGUCAUCAUCGACUGGCCCGACGCAGAUCAGGCACAGGUAGGUACCUAGAUCCGCCCAUAAUAUGGUAGAUAUGACGCUCUCACCCAGACAGACAGACAGACAGACACACCACCAGGACGUUGCGUCGUCACACACAUGCUCUCUGCCCUGUCCUGCCGUGCCCUGCCCUGUGUGUGUGUGCCAUCAUCGUAUGUAUAUCAGUUCGGACAGCAGGCCGAAGAGGAGGAUCUCUACUCAUAGGUGGACCAACCGGCCGAGCGGACGAUUUAUUCCUGUCAUGAUACCACACACCGACCCCACCCACCCCUGCACGCCUCCCUCCAUCCUUACCUCUGCCCCUGCCUGUGCUGUCUGACUGCCUGACUGCCUGGCUGCCCACUGCAUGUCGGCCCUUGGCCUGAGUGAGUGACUGAGCGAAUGAGAGAGUGCCUCAAUUAAUGGCUGCGUGUACCAUGCUACCCGUGCCGCCGUCUCAUCCCUCUCCCUUCUCUCUCUCCCUCCCUCUGUGGCCGUUGUUUCUUUAUCAAAGAGGGCGGGGAAUGCAGUGAGGGAGAGGGCUGGCUGGUAGCUUAGCUGCUUUGUGGGCGCUUCACAGACGAACAGACAGACAGACAGACAGGCAGGUUGCAAUUGCGAAGAUCCCAUCCAUGGCUGAUGUCGAUGCGUUUUGAAUUCUCAAUCAGGACUGCUGCACAUGUGCGUGGCUGGCCCGCCCAAACCACCGAUACGAUACGAUCAGUGCAAGACUUUUUUCUCUCUGCCUGCCUGCCUGCCUCGCUCGUGCAUGAUGAAACUCAUGUGCCGUGUGUCCUCGUGUGUGUGUGUGAGCUGUUUGCUUGUUUGUGAACUCUCUGCGGGCUUGGCCCCGCCCCAUCCGGGUGAGUGAGUUGUGUUGACGUGAGAGACUCCCCCUGACUCGAUCGUUGUGUGUUCAUGACAUGAAUACAUACAUACAGGCCAUGCAGGGCGUAAUCCCUCUCCACCCACCCAAGGACCGACACACUCCACACCAGAGGCAAAAGAGACAGACCCUUCGGUCCGGCCAUCAAACCAUGCCUCAGUGACGCACGCUCACACAGCUUGGCCAAGAAUAAACAAACACGGAGACAUCGUUGUGUGGGUCGGUGGCCGGGGUGGUGUGUGGUGUGCAUAUCUGCAUCAGUGAAGGUGACCUGACAGACCGACAGGCUGACAGGCCGACAGGCAGGAAGAGACAUGGUAGACAGGCAGGGGUGGUGGAUGGUGUCGUGGUCAUGAUGAUGGUGUGUGGUUUGUGGUGUGUCAGUGUAGUGGCAGAAAAAUGCGCAUGCACGCGUCUGGGGCUAUCUACACGUGUGUGGGUGUGAGCGUGUGUUUACUAUGGAAGGAACUAGCUUCAGAACAGACCAUUUGUUGUGUUGACACUCCCUUCCCCCCUCCUCC